AUGUCUUCUGCACAAGAAACACAAUCCGAAUCAUCAAAUCCCUCCAACACUAGCAGCACUAGCAGCACUAGAAGCUUCGCAAGUCUUCCUCGUGAGCUCGAUGACAUUAUAUGGUCUCAAGUUCCAAUAAUCUCAGGUCCCCGAUUAAUCGAAAUUCGUGCCGAUCCCACUGUUCAGUCCGGCGAGAAACAGUUCAAAAUGAAAAUCGAGUUUUGUGGAAACCCCAACCGUCUGGUUUUGAACGCAAGAGCCGUAAUUCUUUCCCAUAAUCGAUACAUGUUCGAUCAUAAGAUCACAAAUCCUCAGAUUAUCAACACCGCGCAGGACACCUUUAUAUUCAGUGGGAUCAGUCAGCUAGAUGAGUAUGUUCAGCAUACGGGAGCUAUUAUCACCAAAACUGGUGCGGUGGACUCGGAGUCUGUAUGCUAUUCAAAAAUGCAGAAUCUAGUAGUCAAAUUGUCUUUGGAUAUUGGAUAUCCCGGCUCAGAACCAUAUUUAGUCUGGCUCAACCGUCUUCGCGAGGAGAUUGAUUUCGACAAGUUUAUCUUGGAGAAGAUUUUGCGCGAGAUUCUAGAGUUUGUCAGCAAAGUACAGAGUCUUAAAAAGAUAUAUCUCUUGACUGAAGAAGAGAAGAUGCCUGGACCCAGACUUGUUGAGCGGAUUGAUGGUCGGCUCAUGGAUCUUUUUGCAAAGGACGAUGAGUUGCAAAGCCGAUAUAGCAAGGGACUAAGAAUGCCAAAAAUUGUGUGUCUGACGACGAUGCAAUUCCCUCGGGAGUUGAAGAGAGUAUGCCGCAGAUAUGGCAUAAUAUGA